UAUAUAUAUAUCACUGAAUAUUUUUUAAUCUGUCUUUCUUUACUUUCUUCAAAAAGUGAAUUGAAAAGAAGGGUCAAUCAACUUAUAUACUCUUUCAGUAAGCAGAGGUGUGAAGGCGUUAUGUAUAAUACUCAAAGAUUCAUCUUUUUCAAGGUCACACUGUCCCUUUAAAGUUAUCGGUAAAUCAAUUCUUCAACGACCUCUCAUGGCUGGUGGUAACGAAUCAAAGAGGGUUGUUCCUCUUAAUACAUGGAUCCUCAUAUCCAAUUUCAAGCUUGCCUAUAAUAUGCUUCGUCGUCCGGAUGGAACCUUUAACCGGGAUUUGGCCGAGUACCUUGAUCGGAAAGUCCCCGCAAAUGUGAUUCCGGUAGACGGGGUAUACUCUUUUGAUGUUGUGGAUAGUGCCACAAGCCUCCUUAACCGGAUUUACUUGCCUGCCCCAGAAAACAAAGCUCAAUGGGGGACCAUAGAUCUUGAAAAUCCCCUAAAUACUAGGGAAAUUGUUCCUGUGAUUAUAUACUACCACGGUGGAAGCUUUACUCAUUCCUCAGCCAAUAGUGCCAUAUAUGAUACAUUUUGUCGUAGGCUCGUUAGCAUUUGCAAUGUUGCCGUUGUAUCUGUGAAUUAUCGUCGAUCACCUGAACACCGGUACCCGUGUGCAUAUGAUGACGGAUGGGCUGCUCUUAAGUGGGUUCAGUCGAGGUCGUGGUUAAGGAGUGGGAAGGAUUCAAAGGUUCAUGUAUAUUUGGCUGGUGACAGCUCGGGUGGUAAUAUCGCUCACCAUGUAGCUGUUCGGGCAGCAACCGAGGGCGUGGAUGUAUUGGGUAAUAUCCUCCUUCAUCCAAUGUUUGGCGGGGAAAAGAGAACUGAAUCGGAGAAAAGAUUGGAUGGGAAAUACUUUGUAACAGUUCAAGACAGAGAUUGGUAUUGGAGAGCAUAUUUACCCGAAGGGGAAGAUAGAGACCAUCCGGCGUGCAAUAUAUUCGGCCCUAGGGGUAAAAGACUCGAUGGACUUAACUUUCCUAAGAGCCUCGUGGUUGUGGUUGGGCUGGAUCUUGUUCAGGAUUGGCAAUUGGCUUAUGUCGAAGGGCUAAAAGAAUCCGGCAGAGAAGUGAAGCUUCUUUAUCUCAAACAGGCAACGAUCGGUUUUUACUUCUUGCCCAAUAACGACCAUUUCCGUUGCCUCAUGGACGAGAUUCGAGAGUUCGUCCAUUCUAACUGUUAAUACUCUUCUGAACUUCGAUUACAGGCACCAUGUAUAACAGAAGUUUGACAUUUUACAUUCGGCAGUAAUGGUGUGUAGUUAUAUGAUUGUGUAGAUUUCACUCCUUCAUGCUGUGAUUAACUUGUCAUUCAGGGUGGUGAUACGAGAUUUUUGCAAGUCCCGGGUACUGAUUGCUUUCAUCGUCUUGGGUCAUGAAGUCUGUUUUUUCGUCUUCUUCGGUUGAGAAGCCGAUCCAUAUCACACAUAUAUAUCACAAGAUCAUUUAUUGUGGUGCCUCAGCAUUUAUAACUUAUUUAUAGAUUUUGCAGAACUACAUACGGAGCUUACCACAUCAGAUUUCUGGUAAUCUUGAACUGGUUUGUCUCCAUUAGGCUACUGCUAUAAAUGCUAAUUUGGAACAUGGAUUAGGAAAUCCAGGAUGUUGUGAACUUUGUAUUUUAUACUUGUGCUCAAGAAAUAUAUAAAAAUUUUGUAUGUUUAUGAUUU